ACGUCACUAGUUGCGACCAUUAAUAGGCAUCCUAUGAGUCCUAUCUGAUAGCUGGAACAUGCGAUAUUCCAGGUCCAAAUGACAGACAUUUUUGUAAAUAAUAGGUCACAAUGUUCACAUUUUAUUCUCUUGAAAUUACUUCAUAAUUUUUUUUAAAUAUAUAUUCGCGAUUUACUUUCGAACGACGAGUCCAUGUCAUCUUUGGAGUACAUGAAAAAGGAAUGCUUCGCAUCUGGGACCCUGUCCUCGGCUUCUCUGAAAGGAACAUUUACCAAAAUUCAGAAAAGCAGACGUAAACGAAGAGUCGCACCAAAGACACAGGAAGAGACAGACAGCGGCUGCAAUAUUUGCAGUAACCGCAUUGUUCGUCGCAUCUUGACUGCUUGUCUGCUCUCGUUUCUGGCUCUGCUCGGCUCAGUCUCCGUCGACCUCAGCUCCAACUUGGACCUGCUGCGCGCCACAGAGGCCGCUGUCACCGAGCUGACUUCUUGCAGGACCACGGCUAUUCUCCAACUCAUAGGGGAACUCCAAAACAGGAGAAGUCUAUGCAGAAAGUACAGGAGUAACGAGACACACCAAGAAAAGUGUACAAGUCCACUGACUAGCAUUUUACCAGUGAUUAUUAGACUUUGCACUGAUAUGGAGGGCCACAUAAACAGUCAGGGUCACCCAUGCAGCGAGGAAUUGGUGGAGUUCAGCCAGAAACUUAGGGAAGAUUUGACAGAAUUUCUGAACACAACAUGGGGAGUUGAGGACAACAAUGACAUGUCCGUGUUCUCCUUGACCAUUGUCAGACUCCUGGACAUUUGGGGGGACAUGGAACAGGACAUUCGUCAGAUCAAGCAGUUUUCAGACUGGAAAGAUGUCCUCUCACUGAGACUGAUGGUCACAUUCCUGGAACUCAACCACCAGUUCAGUGAACUCCCUUCCGUAGGAACCCAAGCUGACUUUCACAAGAAGUGGAUCCACGCACUCAGCCGUCUAGCCUUUGCCCAGCUAUUGUCAGAAACGCUAGAGGACUGCUGGUUGGAGAACGUUCACCUAAAGCUCAACCUGACCAACAGCCUCAAAGUCGACCCAUACAUCUUUGACUCCACCCCCUGGCAGAUCCCAGCGGUUGGCACGGUGGGAACAGUGGGCAUCCUCACAGGCUCUCAGACUGGCAUCCAGGCUCUGAGGGAUACCCAGGCGUGCCUGCUGGCUGGGACGUUGCCAGCUCUGAAACUCCGAUCCAGGGCCAUGUUCUCAGGCCUCAGCAUGCGGAUCUCCCUGUUGACAUUGGCCUGCCUGAUCUAUCCACUGGUGCUGGUGUCCUUCAAGCAGAUGACAGAGUGGAUCCAGAACUAUGCAUGCAGCCUGCAGGAGAGGACCGAGGACCUGAAGCGCCAGAGACAGCUGGCCGAGGACCUCCUGCACCAGAUGCUGCCCAAGACCGUAGCUAAGCAGCUGAGACAGCAGAAGCACGUGGAGGCGGAGAGCUAUGAGAAGGUGGGUUUGAUUGAUCUGAGCAGAUUUGGGAUUUCAGUUCUAUCAUGUCGAUCAAUUCCAUUUCUUGCUGCGUCUUCAUUUCCAUAUCCCAUGGUCAUCACUAUCUGGUUAUGCUGGAGAGUGACUAUUUUCUUUUCUGAUAUCGUUGGUUUCACCACUAUCUCGGCCUCCUGCACCCCUCUGCAAGUCGUGGAGAUGCUGAACAACCUGUACAUGUGCUUCGACACUCGCAUCGACUCCUAUGAUGUCUACAAGGUGGAGACGAUAGGCGAUGCCUACAUGGUGGUGAGUGGGCUGCCUGAGAGGAACGGGGACAAGCACGCUGACGAGAUCGCCAAGAUGUCGCUGGACCUGGUGGCAGCAGUUAGACAGGUGGCAAUCCCCCACAUGCCCAACAAGAGACUGCAGCUUCGCGCAGGCAUACACACAGGUCCAUGUGUGGCAGGUAUUGUCGGCUACAAGAUGCCCAGAUACUGCCUGUUUGGAGAUACUGUCAACACAGCCUCUAGAAUGGAGUCCACCAGCCUGCCUCAGAGGAUCCACGCCAGCUCAGCCGUAUACCUGGCACUGAUGAAGGACGGUGCCUACGAGCUCCAGCUGAGAGGAGAGAUCGAGGUGAAGGGUAAAGGGAAAAUGAACACAUAUUGGCUGAUCGGACACAAGAACUACAGUGUGCAGAACGACAGUCUUGUGUGCCACUGGAACCCCAAUCUAGCCAGAAAGAAGAAGACUUUGGUGGGGAGCGACAUUUCUAUGGCGAACUCCUGUGUGACAGUGCAGAGCCUCAGUGAGAAUGCUACCAUUCCCGUGCCUCAGGGCUCCAAGGCCCAGCAGGGGGCCCUAUGUGUGUCCGUGUCAGCCCAGGUGGAGCACUGUGCCAGCAGCUUCGGCACCCUGGGCUCCAUGAUCGGGGGCCUCCAGGGACUAGAGAGCCCCAGGGAGGGGAAAGCCUGCGGGGGGACGGGAGGAGACAAACCAGACCUGCUGCCUGGAUCUGGAACCAUCCCUCAUAUGUGAUGGAGGGCUGGCAUGGUAGGAUGGACUGGGACAAGAAACUUCUCUAAAACUAUAUUGCUAUGGUUUUUUCAUCUGGCUAUUUGAGUGGAGAUUCUGGUGAUUUUAAUGAUGAUGUAAAUACAGUAUAUUUAGGCAUGUGUGAAAGAACAGCAAUGAAUAAAAGAAAAACAGUUACUCUGAUAUCUGGUGUGGGUGUGUGUGCGGGUGUGUGUGUGUGUGUUUUUAUAUACAGAGUAAACGUUUUUGUAUCAACCUUGGACAGAUUGUGUUGUCAUUGUCCAUCUUUUUAUUAGUCACAUAAGAU